GGGAGGGAGGGAGAGAGAAACUUGCUGCUGCCCUGUUUUUACUGUCAAAGGGGCUCUGAUGAAUGUACACAAAUCUCUCCUAAUUUUCCUUCUGCUCAUCUGUCUGUUUGGACCAGCAGCACCCCAGCUAGCGAUCUAUUAGUCUGUCUGCCAGCACAACAUCGGAGUGGAUGCGUCAACCAGAACUCUCCUGAGCCAACCAGAACCUGUGCCCCUCAUCCACUCCAGUGCCCUGAUAGGCUGCCUCUGGAAGAACUUUCCAGGGUCUUCCAGGUGGUGUGUGUCUGAUAUUCCCCAGCCCAACGGUCUGAGACAGAGGGUCUGUCUGGGAUACCACCGGCCUUCUGGGUACUCCUCUCCUCUCUGUUACCAUGGCUACCAACAGGGAGCGGCAGGUGGGUCACAUGACAGGGUUUCCACCAGCUGUCUACCCAUUUGCCUUCAACUCCAUGCGGAACCACUCCCCCUUCGACCUGCUGGCCAAUAGCAGACUGUUUGGGAGGUUCAGCACAGACCUCCCUAAAGAAAUGGCUGCACUCUCGGUGGAGACCCAGAGCACCAGCUCUGAGGAGAUGGUCCCCAGCUCUCCCUCUCCACCUCCCCCACCACGCAUCUACAAACCCUGCUUCGUCUGCCAGGACAAGUCCUCUGGAUACCAUUACGGAGUCAGCUCAUGUGAGGGCUGCAAGGGUUUCUUCCGACGCAGUAUCCAGAAGAACAUGGUGUACACCUGCCACCGAGACAAGAACUGCCAGAUCAACAAGGUCACCAGGAACCGCUGCCAGUACUGCCGACUGCAGAAGUGCUUUGAGGUCGGCAUGUCCAAGGAAGGUGAGAGACCGGUGCGUAAUGACAGGAACAAGAAGAAGAAAGACGUGAAGGAGGAGUUGGUGUUGCCAGAGAGUUAUGAGUUGAGUGGAGAACUGGAGGAGCUGGUCAACAAAGUCAGCAAAGCCCACCAAGACACCUUCCCCUCACUGCUGCAGCUGGGCAAAUACCACACCAACUCCAGUGCAGAGCAGCGCGUGCAGCUGGACCUGGGGCUGUGGGAUAAGUUCAGUGAGCUUUCCACCAAGUGCAUCAUCAAGAUCGUGGAGUUUGCCAAGCGCCUCCCCGGCUUCACCACCCUCACCAUCGCUGACCAGAUCACCCUCCUCAAAUCAGCCUGCCUGGAUAUCCUGAUGUUGAGGAUCUGCACCCGCUACACUCCAGAGCAGGACACCAUGACCUUCUCAGACGGGCUGACCCUGAACCGGACCCAGAUGCACAACGCAGGCUUCGGCCCGCUCACAGACCUGGUGUUUGCCUUUGCUGGCCAGCUGCUGCCUCUGGAGAUGGACGACACAGAGACGGGCCUCCUCAGCGCCAUCUCCCUCAUCUCUGGAGACCGUAUGGACCUGGAAGAGCCCCAGAAGGUGGACAAGUUGCAGGAGCCCCUCCUGGAGGCGCUGAAGAUCUACGCACGUCGCAGACGCCCCAACAAACCCCACAUGUUCCCCCGCAUGCUGAUGAAGAUCACUGACCUCAGAGGCAUCAGCACUAAGGGGGCAGAGAGAGCCAUCACUCUGAAGAUGGAGAUCCCAGGCCCCAUGCCUCCUCUGAUCAGGGAGAUGUUAGAGAACCCAGAAGCAUUCGAGGACCAAACAGAGAGCAGCGGAGAGAGCUCCCCACCGCCUGCCCCUCCACCCAUUCCACCAGCCUCCUCCAAGCCCCCCACCACCAUGAAGACUGAGGCUGAGGACGAGGAGGACAGCUGGGGGACAGAGCCUUCCCCAGAGGAGGAAGAUGAGGAUGACUAUGAUGAUGGGGAGGAGGAGGAUCGGGACAGGGGCUCGGACAGCGAGGGGGAAUCCUGGGCUCUGGAGGGUAGCAGCGAAGGGGCUAGGAAGAACCAUGCCGGGAGGGCGCAGUGAAGAGGAGAGAUAUCACAGAUAUGCAGACUCUACACUCAAACACACACACUAACUGACGUAAUCAAACACACACACACAGAACAGGACAGAGCAGAGCAGGACAGGGCAGAGCAGGACAGGACAGGACAGGGCAGGACAGAACAGCGUAGGACAGAGCUGGACAGAACAGCGUAGGACAGGGCAGGACAGAACAGCGUAGGACAGAACAGGGCAGGACAGGACAGAACAGGGCAGGACAGGACAGAACAGGGCAGGACAGAACAGCGUAGGACAGGGCAGGAAGGAAAGGACAGGGAAGGACAGGACAGCGUAGGACAGGGCAGGAAGGAAAGGACAGGGAAGGACAGGACAGAACAGCAUAGGACAGGGCGGGAAAGGACAGGGAGGGCAGGACAGAACAGCAUAGGACAGGGCGGGAAAGGAAAGGACAGGGAAGGACAGGACAGAACAGCGUAGGACAGAACAGGGCAGGACAGGACAGAACAGCGUAGGACAGGGCAGGAAGGAUAGGACAGGGAAGGACAGGACAGAACAGCAUAGGACAGGGCGGGAAAGGACAGGGAGGGCAGGACAGAACAGCAUAGGACAGGGUGGGAAAGGAAAGGACAGGACAGAACAGCGUAGGACAGGGCGGGAAAGGAAAGGACAGGGAAGGACAGGACAGCAGAGCCAUAUGGUUGCCUGUAUAGACACUAUAACUCAGGUUCCCUGACUCGCAGGUUCUUGACAAGUGCCAUGCAGUGAGACUAUAAUAAAACGAGAGACGGAGAAACCACAUGAUGCAACCGUCUGGACUUGUGACUCGUGAUAUAGAGAAGAGAGAAGAUGACAAGAAUACUAUCUUUGACGAAGCAAAUGUCAUAUUUUUUACUAUCUUCUUGUUUGUAUCUAUAUAGAGGAAUGUCCAAACCAGACAGCAUGAACUGAACAGUAAAUACGGAUGCCAAGCAAAGCACACUUCUCAAAAAGAAAUACAGAAUGAAACCAAACUGAAAAUGCUAAUGAAUUUGUUGGGCUUUUAAAAAUGUUUUAAUUUCUUCUUGUUUUAUUUUCUUUAUUUUUAUUUCAAUUCAUGAAUAAGUCCCUGCAUAUCUAUAUACCAUUAUAUUAUUAGUCUUUGUUUGUAAUCCUGGUUUUGAUUUCUUCAGAUUAGGUUUUGUGUUUGAGGAGUUUUCCAGCGGCGAUAUAGAGAGAUUUGGAAUCAGAAUCAGAACCGGCAUACCGCUAGCUGAAUCUCCUUCCAAACUGGUGUUUUUUGGGCACUUUUGCUCGCCGUAGAUGUCGAUGAUAAUCAACUCAGUAAUGUUAACUUGUGUUAAAGUGACUCAAGUUGUGAUUUGUUGUUAUCGGGGGACUGGCAUUAAUCCAUGUGCUUUCUUUCAACGCAACAAACUAUGCUGCCGAUUGGACAUGUGUCUUUGUGCCAAAGUUCGCAACUCAUUUUCAGAAACAGAGAGUCAGUGCUCACACACACAUCAAAUAUUCACACCUAAAUUAGACACACAAACACACACACAUACACACACUAAAUCUCGGCUCUAUAACAGAUGUGCCAUAUUGGUUCGGGUGCUUAGACAGAGAUUGACACUUGUCCAUAUAUGUAGCACUUUGAUAUCCUGUUUUUAAAUCAGGCAACGCUAGCAAAGUAAGUUACAAUACAAUACAACAAUAUUAAAUCAGGCAACGCUAGCAAAGUUACAAUACAAUACAACAAUAUUAAAUCAGGCAACGCUAGCAAAGUUACAAUACAAUACAACAAUAUUAAAUCAGGCAACGCUAGCAAAGUUACAAUACAAUACAAUACAACAAUAUUAAAUCAGGCAACGCUAGCAAAGUUACAAUACAAUACAACUUUAUUGUCCAAUAUUGACAGUACCGUCACUGCCAAUCUUAUCUCAACAGAAAUCAUCAGAUGUCUGUCACAUUAAAUUACUAUUUGACGAUGUGCACAAGCAGAAAAUAUUCCGUACACAAAAACACACCCACACACACGCAACCAGGAUCUGUUAUGGACAACGACAUGGAAACAGACUUCUCAGGGCUUCUCUGUAAGGACCAAACCCUAGCAUGUUUGCUAGAAACAGGCAAUAUUUAUGUGUGUGUAUUUUUGACUCAGUCAAUUGGAUCUGUCCAGUUAACCCCUAUCUCUGUGUACAUAGAAGAUAUAUGACUAGUCUACAAAUGGCCUGGAUGCCAGUAUGUUACCCUCUUCACACUAUCAUGACAACCUAACCCAAACUGUGCUGACUUCACAUUGUCCUUCAGUCCAACUAUGGUGAGUGCAUAACUAGGCCAGCUCUGUACAGCUCAGUUUGGCUUGGCUCGCUAGUGUGAAAAGACCAAACCUGUCUCAGACCAGAUUUGGCCUGCAGCAUUGUCACUACUCUGCCAUGCCUGACCUGUGCUGCUGGCAUCCAAGAAACCAACUGCCUUCUCAUCUAAAAGCCAUUAUAUCAUAAUGUCUUUGUAAGGUUGUAUGAUAUUCUCUCUCAGCGUUUUGUGUUCUCAUAUUUCAUUUCUUCUCAAUCGUCUUUGUUGCCAAAAUGUCUCAGUCAAUAUGUAACCAGCUGGUCAUAGUGCAGCUGGCUGGCUACUUACAGUACAGAGGUUUGUAUGCAGUCUCUCUGUGAAGCAAUAUGAACAGGAAUGCGACAGCCUCCCAGCAGUAGAGAGAGUGACCUACUGUGCAGUACUCUCUGAAUGUGGGCCUCCUGACCUGAUUUGAGUGUGUGUUAAUGCUUUAACAUGUCUCCUCUGCCAUUGGGUGAAUGUUCUCUGUAUGGUGCUGUGAUGUCAUACGGCGCCGAGCGGAGCAGAGAAGCGAGGUUUGAUGACCUCAUCACCGCUCCUCUCUGUCUGCCCUACCAGGCAUUCAUGAUGCAAACACAACACUGAGGUUAUGUUGUUACACAACAUGGUUCUGAUGCAGGUGUUAUUUUAUGUAAAACACGGCCAAGGUAUUGUCCAAUUUUCUGUUCAUACCAACUCAUACAAAGAAAAAGCCAUAUAAAUAAAUUACUUUUGUGAGAUUAA